AAGGUGAUUACUGAUGUGUAUAAAUAGAAAAUAAAAAGAGGAAUGUGUCUGAAAACUAAAUUAUUCCAACUUUAUGGGCUACCGUGUACUUCUCCCUGUUAUCUAAACACAUUUUCUCAUACUAGUUAGACAGACAACGCCCCGGCGCUUCAAGGCAUUAUCUUUACUGCCUCAGUCAGAUGACAUAAAAAGGGGUUGUUCACUUCCUUCCAUACCUCAGGGCAGUGGUGAACAUCUUCAAAUAUUUUGCUUCAGUAAAAAUACUACACAUAUACUAUUAAAACUUCAUUACAAAUUUACAUUACAAACAAAAACUUAAGUAAAAAGUAUAAGCAACAAAAUGUAUUAAAUGGUUUCUGUAGGUGUCUUACUCAAAUAUUGUAAUUAGUCAAGCUUGUUCUCAUUUGAACCGCUUCAUAUGCUGCUCAGUAGUUUAUAUGCACAGAAAAAGGUGUUUUUCUUAGAGUUGAAGUAUAAAGUUGCAUAACAUUGAAAAACUCUCAAGUAAUGUAAGUUUCUCAGAUGUGUGCUAAAGUAAAUGUACUGAAUUAUAAAAAUUAAAAAAAACUGUGUUAAUGUAAUUUCCACCACUGCCACAGGGAUACAUUUGUUCACAAACACAAUUAAACACAUUUUACUUUUUGAAUGAAGUCUGUAUAUCUGUUUAUGCCGGUGUGAAUCUGAUGCAAUGAUGUAAAUUAAUGUACAUUAGAGUAUCUUCAGCCCUCAGUAGCUAUUAGUGGAAAAAAACAGUACUAUAACUUUAUCUCAUUUCCUUCCUGUUUUCAACUUUCCUUCCGCAGUAGGUAGCUGGAACUCUAAAAAUUCCAUGAGCCACCCACCAUUUUAUGAUGAUCUACUGCAUGACAACAUGGCCUGCUUGAAACUGACUUUGUUUGUGCCCAUGAAGGUAAUGUCUUUGACUAUUUUGAUGUCAGUGUUUUUCUUAUUUUCUAUUAAGGUAGGAAUUUGCAUGAAGCAGACUGGCACUUGCAGACCUAUAUGUACUGUAAGUGACUGCAUAACUGUUAAUCAAGACAGUGUGGACUUUAAAACAGCCGAAAAAACAUGUCGUGACAGGAAUGGAGAAUUAAUGACUUUUCAAUCUGAGGAGGAUGAGAGCAUUCUUGACUUUUUGGGUCAAGAAUUGAAUGGGAACUUCUGGAUUGGACUGCGUUUACCAGAUACCGCCUGCAGCAACCUUUCAGCUCUGCUGAGAGGCUAUGAGUGGACCUCUGUUGGUAUGGACAGGAACUUUAUUCCAUCUUUCAACGCCUGGAAAGACAAUGUUACAGUCUGCUCUCCCCACUGUGUGUCACUUUCAAAUGAUCAAAAGUGGACAGAGAGGCUGUGCUCAGAGAAAAUGGAUGGGUUUCUUUGCAAAACACACCCCAAAGAUGCAUGCCAGGCACAGUUUUUCAAGAGCUCUAAAGGCUGUGGAAGUGUUCCUUGUGAGCACGAUUGCACAGAUGUCAGUGGAGGCUAUAUAUGCUCUUGUUACAAAGGAUAUAUCCCAGACAGUAGAGACCCAAGUCACUGCAAAAUGCACUGUGGAAGAGAGAAAUGCCCUACAAUAUGUGACAGAUACGGUGUAUGCAACUGUCCUGACGGCUUUAUAAUGAAUGAACGAUUUUGUGAGGACAUUGAUGAAUGUUCGAUGCAGCAAUGUGAGCAACACUGUAAAAACUAUUUUGGAGGCUAUCUCUGCUCCUGCAAAGAAGGGCAAAUACUUAAAGAUCAAGUCAAAUGUCGUAGAGCGGAGGGCGGUGAACGUUUUGAUGUCAACACUACAAUUGUCACAUCUUUAGUGAAGCCAGCUGCUAAAAAUAAUAGUCCGCAGGGUUCAUCUGCAUCUGCAAGCAGUUUUAUUUGGUUAUGGAUUUUUAUUUCUGUGGCUGUGGUAGUGUUAAUAUGUGCGGUAAGGUAUUAUGUUGUUAAACGUCAGAAGCGCAGAGAGCAAAGUUCCAAUCCACCUACUGCUGCUCCUGUGAAAAACACUGACUGUUAAAACCAGUCCAAAACAUCAUUAACAUUGAUUCCAUCGCUUGUAUAGUACUUACAGUUUGUGACACUUGUGUACUUUGUUCUCUGUUACAUUUAUCAGAAGUUACUUGGACUAAGUAAGCUGUUACAAGCCAAAUAUAUAUGCUAAGCUUGUAAAUACAUUUAUGAUGUAACAUGAAACUAAUGGAAAUUGAUUGAUUGGUGAAAAUGUGUUAAAUUGUAAAUGUUUAAAUGAGUCAGCAUAUUCACAGUAGUUUUUUUUCUUUUUGCAAAGAGAAAAGAGACUAUCAAUAAACAAACAAGUUUUCUUUCAAAAGUUACUGAUCUGAAAUUUUAUGUAAAUGGUAUAUGAUACUUCAUUAUAUAGAAACUCAUAUUUGAGCAUGUUUGUUGUAAUUUUGGUGCUGUGACAUUUAAGUAUAAACUGAUUCCUAACAGUCCAUGCUGUAUACUGUAUUGCCUCUCUUAGAGCGCCAUCUGCUGUUUUUUUUAACAAACUGCUAAAGGAAAGAGGAAAAACCCAGCUAACAACACAACAAUCUAUAUCUAGAAAUCAACUCCUGUGUUGAAGCACCUAAAAUUGAUAUACAUACUUCUUCUUAGUGAAUCAUGUUGUAGAUAAUUAUUUGGUGAGAAUUUUUGCGUAUCCCAAUACCGGAGGAUCUUCAGUAAGAUAAUAAACAAUACAUUUCCAAAGUCAAAUACAGACAUUUAACUUGUCGCAGUAGGAAAAGCACAGGUGGAAAUAAAGUGAACACUAGCUGAAUUUCAUUUAGCUGUUUCAGUUUCAGGAUCCUGGUUUUGUACAGCUGGCUUACUAUCACACUUUCAUGUCUUAACAGGAAACCUGAAUACA